AAAGGAACAGAAGAGAUCUUCAAAGCACUCCAAGUUGUGAACCAAACAUGGAUGAGACUACUGAGACUGCAACUGCACCUCCAUCAGAGAAUAGAAUUCUGCUGCAAUUUCCUGUCCCUUUAUGAGAAUAGGUUCUAAUCAGAGCACAUUGUCUUCUGAAGGUGAAGUGUCUAAAGGAGAAAAAAUAGCAGAGCAGGAUCACAAGGCAUGCGAGGUGAGGCAGUCGACGUGAUGAACCGUUGCCUGGCUGCGACAAUGGACUGGAUGGGAACUAACAAACUGAGACUCAAUCCUGACAAGACUGAGAUGCUGUUGGUGGAUGGUUUCUCUGAUCGGAUGGUGGAUAUAUACCCUGUCCUGGAUGGGGUUACACUCCCCCUAAAGGAACAGCAAGCAAACAAAUAAAAAAGAAUGAACUUGCAUUUUGAUGAAGGGUAAUAAUUUGGACCAUAUGAACCUAUUAUCUGCUCUCCUGUGACACGAAACUGGACUUGGAAGCAAGAAGAACUCAUAAUCUUUGGUAUCCUAUCCCUGCCAGCCAGUUUCAUUGGAAACAAUGACUUGUAAUGAAUCACCAUGGAAUGCCUCAUGUAAUAUAAAUCAUGUACUAGAUGAACAACUGUUUCCUGGGCUCUACAGCAUUUUGAUUAUUCUCAGUAUUCCUGCCAACUCUGCAGCUCUUUACAUAUAUUGCUGUCAAAUAAAGAAAAAAAAUGAAUUGGGCAUCUAUCUUCUAAAUUUAUCUUUAGCUGACCUGCUAUAUACUUUGACCCUGCCUCUCUGGAUUUUUUAUGCUCAGAAUAUGGACAACUGGACACUUCCUAAUGAACUUUGCACGUUGUGUGUUUUCCUUAAGUACCUGAAUUAUUACACCAGCUCAGGAUUUCUCACCUGCAUUUCCAUUGACAGAUACUUUGCCGUAGUUCACCCAUUGAGGUUCCAUUAUUUGCGUACCAGAAGAUUUGCCUUGCUUACCUCUAUCUUUGUUUGGGUCUUUGAAAUCGUGUCGAACUCUCAGAUUUUAUAUAAGUCUGAAAUAUUUAAAGAACGUACUGAAGCUGCAAACCACACAAACCAUACUUUCUGUUAUGAUACAUACCCUCUAGAAAAAUGGCAAGCUCAGUUGAACAUUUACCGUGUGUGUGUGGGAUAUGCAAUCCCUUUGGCCAUCAUGGUGUUCUGCUACCUGAAAAUAUACCGAGCUGUGAAGCAUAAUCAAGCAACCCAAGAUAGUGACAAGAAGAAAAUCAACCACUUAUUGCUGAGCAUUGUCGUCACUUUCUUUUUGUGCUUCACUCCAUAUCAUGUUGUUCUAAUAAUUCGCAGUAUCAUUGAGCCAUGUGACUGUGAUGCUGCCAACAAGAUGUUUACGCCUUACAGAAUUACAACUGCAUUGACAAGUUUAAACUGUAUAGCUGACCCAAUCCUCUAUUGCUUUGUGACUGAAACUGGAAGAACAGAUAUCUGGAACAUGCUCAAGUGUAGCUUAUCAGUAAGCCAAAUGGAUGCACAACCCUCACAAAAUGUUUUCAUAUCCGGUAGUUCACAGGAUAGAGCCAUGAAGGUUCCAGAAUCAACAUCAUUCCUAUAGACCAGAGUAAAGAUGUUGGAGAAUUCUGACAGAAACAGAAAUUUCUGCUGUUCAUGUUUUUGUCCCAAGUCCGGAACAGAAACCAAUCCAGUGAAUACUAUCAGUUUUCACUCACAGAUGCUUGGUUUUUUUUAAAGCCUGCAACAAAUAUGUAAUGAAUGACUUUUUUUUUACAUUGUCUUGACUUUCCUUUACGUUGAAAAGAAUGGUGUGGAAAUAAUUCAUCAUUAAUUGCACUAAAUUUGUAAUGUACAUAAAUUACAUAAAUAAUUGCAUCAAUUAAAUUAAAUAACGGACAGUGAAGCAACAUAGUAUUUGGCAGAAACCGAACUGUAGCAGAACGGAAACAGUGGUAACUAUGAUGAAGACAGGUUGGAAUGGAAAGUGCUGUAUUCUUACAUUCCUAGACCAGAGAUACAAGGGUGGGAAACCUGUGGCACUUCAGAUGCUGUUGGACCCCAACUCCCAUCAUCCCCUGGCAGUGUAGCCAAUGGUCAGGGACAAGCACAGCCAAAGACAUUUUGCUGCUUCAGCAAAGGACAAGAUAGUGCCCCCUCCUAUUCUAUGCACAGAAGUUGACCAGACUUUUUUUUAUGUCAGCCAGCCUAUAUAGUUGUUUAAAAUGUUCUUGAGUAGCCAGUAAUUUUAAUGAUUGUUCUGUACUGCUUUUAGUGGUUUUUAAAUGUUUUAUAUUGCU